CACAUUUGCUCCAUUUCUACCCACUGCAGCUUUAAGAUGGAAUAGAAGAGAACAAGCAGAUUUCCCUCCGAAACAUUUGCCAUCCCCAUGCCAUGUUUACAUGGCCUGUUAUUUUUACAAUGUGACCUUCCCACUGCCCGAUGCCUUUCUCUCAGCAGGCAAUCCCAGCAGAUUGGCUGACCUGGAGUCAGCUGUAGCUCUCCAGUUCCUCCCUCUCCCCUUUCUAUUUAUAUCCAGCCUAAUUUCACCGCAGGGCUAUUUUCCUCUCUCUGACAGCUCCCUCCUGUCACUUGUUGCUCCUCUUCAUUUCCGUCUUCCUUCCUCAUAUCUGAUGGCUCUGCUUCUGGAGGCCUUCCUCCAGUGUGGGUAUGAUUGACACCCUUAUUAUCAGCAUUUGUGCAUUUAUUUCCAAUCUCCUCCUUGCUGUGUGGAGAACAUUAGUGUCCGAUCCAACUGGUGUGGCAGUGCCAUACGAGGAGCGAGGCUCUUCUUUUAGGAAGCUCAUGGAGGAGUUGAGCCCCAAACAACUGGCUGUCAAACAGCUGAAGCGACGGUUCCUGGAGGCCCUGCAGGCCAACGAUGCCCAGGAGGUCGUGCAGAUUCUGCACACCGGGAAACUAGAUAUUGACAUUGUGCUGGAGGUGGAUGACCCCAGCAUGGUGCUGGCCUCAUACAAACAAGGUUACUGGCUCCCAGGCUACAAACUGGAGAAGUCCUGGGCGAUGGGUAUUCAUGUAUGCGUGAUGUACAACGCCCUGGAGACAGCACUGGUGCUCCUUCAGGAAGGUGCAGCCAUCAACCGGAUGCCCAACGGGAAGACGCCGCUGCACGUGGCCUGCGAGAUCUCCAACGCCGACUGUGUCGCCUUGCUUUUGGCUCACAGGGCCAAAGUGAACAGCCUGUCGCUGAGCGGACAUACACCGCUGCACUACUGCAUCACCAGGGAGUCGGUGGACUGUGCCAAGCAGCUCAUCCUCAAAGGUGCAAAAGUCAACACGCCUGGCUACAACAAUGAGGAGGACACACCUUUACACACAGCAGCCAGAUUCGGCGUCCCAGAGCUGGUGGCGCUCUACUUGACCAACGGAGCGUCUGUGGAUGCGGUCAACUCUCUCCAGGAGACUCCCCUGAUGACUGCGUGCUUCUGGUCUUUCGACUCUAAAGAGCAACUCUACAGCCAAGAUCACCAUCUUGUCUGUCGUCUCUUGCUGGACCACCAGGCAGACCCCAACCUCCGAGAAGUGGACAAUAAAACGGCUCUUCACAAGGCGGCCUGGAACUGCGAUCACGUCCUGAUGCAGAUGCUGCUGGAGGCCGGAGCAGACACGCGAUCCAUGGACAUCAACGGCUGUGCCCCUAUUCAGUAUGUCCUCAAAGUGACUGGUGUCAGGCCCAUGGCCAUACCUGAGCUCUGCUAUCAGCUGCUGCUCAACCACAACGCAGCACGGAUCUACCCACCCCAGUUCCACAAGGUGUUGCAGACCUGCUACGACUACCCCGAUGCAGUAGAAAUCAUGGUCAACUCUUACGAACGCUUAAAGCCCACAAACAAGUGGAGAGAUGCCAUUCCUGAUGACUGCUACAAGCGACACAAAGACUUCUACGACUCUUUGUUCGCCGUUUGCGCCAACACUCCUCGCAGCCUGCUCCACCUGACCAGAUGUGCAGUCAGAGCCAGUCUGGGUGGGUUCUGCCACAGAGGUGUAGCACAGCUGCCUCUGCCACCUCCCAUGAAGAAAUAUCUACUCCUGGAACCAGAGGGGAUACUGUACUGAUGAAGCCUGUCACCUGACGGUUUUUAUAUAAACAGUCACUUCCUGUCUGCAGGCUAUGGGAAGUGAAAAUGCUGCUAGUUGGAGCUGGUACUAACAGGUGUGUCUUUUGUAUUUUUUGCAUAUCAUUCCCAGAGGCUUUUGUCUGGAACAUAAGAAAUCCCUCUUUGGGACAGAAUAAACGUAAUCUAUGGUGGA